AUGCCUUCUUUUCAGACCCCAAGUAAGCUUGUCGUUGCUAUUGACUUCGGCGAGACAAAUUCUUCAGUCUCUUACGCUUUUCUGCCUGAAGGAGUCCGCCCAGAAAGCCCUCAUCUGACCGUCAGGGCAGUUCAGAAUUACCGAUAUGAGAUCUCAAUGCGAAGAGGGAAUUCGAUGUGCUUGGAAGUCCCGACACUGAUGCGAUACCCCAACGACUGGGUUUUUCAAACUCUCGAUGAGCUAAGGAGCGAACCACCAGGUACUAGUCUUCCGGAGAAUGACCGAGUACAAUUGGGAUUCCAAGUGCAGCAUUAUAUGACAAAGGUCAUGUCACAUUCGGACAAGACAUGCUCUCUGCUGUAUGGGUUUAAGAACCUUAUGAAUCAAUCAGAAAGUCACGAGGUUCAGAACCGCCAUCUCGUCAAAACUCUCCGCAGACUGUCCCAGAAUCAUUCAUGCUCAAGGGAGAUCUCUAUUCACGACAUGGUGCUCUUGGUAACCAUUGACUACCUAACAAACUUGCUCAGUCACGCCAAGACUGAGAUUACAGGGAGCACCAAUAUUACUUCUACAGAGUUGGUGAUUUGUGUCCCAGUGAUUUGGAGGCAAAAGGCACUCCGAGGUAUCCAAGCCUGUGUUGCUAUUGCUGCAAGGCGUGUCAAUUUCCUGGGUGUUGACUUCGGUAACGACUGUGUCACUCAAGUGUUUAUGAUAACAGAGCCAGAAGCUGCAGCUACGUGGCUACUCUCUAAUCGUUUGAUAGUUGGCGACGGAGACGUUUUCACGAUUCUUGACGCAGGCGGAGGCACUUGCGAUGCCUUGACUUAUACUGUCACGCGCAGUUUGCCUCUUCGACUCGAGAGACAACUGGUGCAUCAUAGUGUUAAGUCGCCUAUACAUGUUGGUAAUACAUGUGGCUCCAAUGCACUGAACGAUGCGUUCCGGAGACUCCUCGAGAAUCUGCUUGCAGACCACGACUAUUUGAACGAGGGCGGCGCAACCUUAGAAGGCCACAUGUACAAAUUGGCAAUUCAUGACUUUGAGCAUCAUGUCAAGCCCGUUUGGGUUGUCUCUCAGAACAACCAAGAUUACCAACUUGAGGUCCUCGGGCUUCGGUCCAACCCUGGCAGUCAACGACCUUGUACUAAUCGAUUGACAAUCCAAGCUGGAACCUUGAACAACAUCUACCAACAUGUAUGUGAAGAGGUGUCUAUGCUUAUGACGAAGCAGCUCCAUGCCAUAGCACAGCUUGGCCUGAAGACCGGCAAAGUCGUCUUGGUUGGCGGCUUUGGGGAAUCAGCCCCUUUACGAAGUCAUCUCCAUGAGGCGCUGGCAAACUUCGACGCUGCCCACGAUUCCAAUGCUCAGCUAUAUGUCGCCGACGAGCAUGAGCGGGUCAAGAUAUCCCACCACAGUUAUCUACACGAGCAUAACAAAGACGCUCAGAGAAUAGGGACCCUCAAGACAGAUGUGGCACAUCUACUACACCCGCACUUCCUGGUCAAGAAUGAGGGGGCCCAGGGCCCUAGUUGCGAUGAUGGUAGAAAUUUGUACUGGAAGUUCCCUUAUGAGUUGGUGUUGACUAUCGACGGCUUAAACAUGAAACAUGUUCAAGCUUUCGAGGGGCAGGAGAUUGGGGCAAUGAGGGUGGAAAUCGCACCGGGAUUCGCACCAGGGGCCAAUUGA